AUGAACGGGGAGAAGGAUCUUGACCUGCGGGCAAACGAGGAGCGUAUCAAGCUGCUGCUGCGGGACCAGGAGCAGCUGCAGAAAAAGUUAGCAGGGAGGGAGCCUCUGAGCCGCAUCAAUUUGAAGGAGGAGUACGACGCGCUGAAGAGCUUUGUGGACGGCUCUCUUAAGCCGCAGAUAUCGCGGCUGAAGCGGAUGAACGGGGAGAAGGAUCUUGACCUGCGGGCAAACGAGGAGCGUAUCAAGCUGCUGCUGCGGGACCAGGAGCAGCUGCAGAAAAAGUUAGCAGGGAGGGAGCCUCUG